AUGUCGUUCCACAACGAGAAGUCAGAACCUCUCAACAUAGUACACGACGAAGCCAUCGGAAAUGUCGUCAACAUCGAGCCUGCACCAGAGGACGAUGCCGGCACGAACUUCACAUGGGAUAUUGAGGUUAUCUUAAACCUCCUUGCUUGCUUUCUGACGUACUUUACGGCCGUAUUUUCCGUCGUUGUUCCCUCAGGAGCCAUCCCCUUCAUCAGUCGAGCCUUUCCUGAGGAAACAUCCAACAGAAUUUGGAUCUCAGCUUCUUUCACGGCUGCUUCAUGCUCGGUUCAAGCAUUCUGCGGAGAUUUGAGCGAUAGGCUUGGACGUAAGAUUCCCAUUUUGACCGGUAUGCUACUCGGCAUUGCUGGCACGCUCCUCAGUGGCAGAGCCUCAAACCUUAACAUGGUCAUCGCUGGACAAGCCCUGAGUGGAGCUGGAUCUACAUUGGGAUUUCUGUGCAUCCCCCUCUUUCAAGAGAUUGUACCCAAGUCCAAGCGCCCCAUGAUCAUGGCCGUUGCUGGAAUCUUCCCUGGGACAGCCUACUCUUCGGGCAGCAUUAUAUCCGGAGCCUUCAUCAAAGGCGAAGUUGGAGGCCCAAACGACGGUUGGCGGUGCGGCUUCUACCUCUGCGCCGGUUGCUACGCCAUUGCACUCCUGCUUAUCGCUGUCUUCUACCACCCCAGCCCCAGGCCAAACCCGGACAACCUGCCCAUGGCGCGGCGAAUCCUCCAGAUCGACUGGCUGGGAGUCUUCUUGGUCACCGCUGGUUUAGUCCUCUUCUUAGUUGGUCUUGAAUCAGGAGGAAACCCAUCGCCAUGGUCAUCAACUCGAGUGGUCGCCUGCCUUGUCGUCGGCGCUGGAAUUAUGGCUGCCUUUUGUCUGUGGGAGUGGAAAGGAACCAAAGACCCGAUCCUAGGUCACGACCUGUUUGAACAUCGCAAUUUUGCGGUGACACUGGCAAUCUGCUUUGUGGGCGGUAUGGUCCUCUUCGGAGGACAGGCAUUCCUCCCUCAAGAGGUCGUCUACCUCUUCACUGAUGACGCUGUCCUCACUGGCGUGUGGGGACUGCCUUUCAACUUUGGUACCGUCAUCGGAGCUAUGGUAGGAGGAAUAUGGCUCGCACACAGCAAAGAGGCAAAACCCAUUGUCUUCUUUACAUUCUUGCUUCUUCUUCUCGGAGCGGGUUUGAUGCUCGUGGUCAAGCCGGGUGUCAACUUCGCCGCGUGGCUCUUCUCCACUGGCCUGUUGGGUGCCGGAGUCGGCAUUCAAACCACGGUCCUCCAAGUGAUAGUUACACUGUGCACACCAGACCAUCUUAUCGCCGCGGCUGCCAGUGUGUCCAACGCUGUCCGGGCCUUGGGGGGAAGCAUCGGUGUUGUGAUCUUCUCCCAGGUCCUCGCCGCCAAGGCAAAGACUCUGGUACCCGAUGAAAUUGCGAAAAGAGUUGUGGAAGUCGGCCUUCCCCUAUCUUCGGUCCCAGCUUUUGUUGGAGCGAUUUUAACACAAGACACCUCCCAGAUCGCACAAAUUCCAGGCGUCACGCCCGAAAUCCUAGCGGCCGCUGCUGCCGCUACUCGCUGGGGCUAUUCAGCAUCUUUCAAAUAUGUUUGGUACUCCUUGAUUCCCUUUGCAGUGGUGUGCAUGGGGCUCUCUCUCCUCCUGAAGCCGACAGGCGCCCAAAUGACCGACACAGUGUCCGCAGGUAUACAGCGACGGAAUGAACCCAAAAAUCAAGCCAAGCAAGAUGAUUAG